GACUUGUCUCUUGUGCAACAUCUUGCAUUGUUCUCUAUCAGUUCAACUUCAUUGUCCAUCUCGCUCGCUGUACAUCCCCAUCACAUCUCAUACCCCCACCCCCACACGCACAUCAUCACAAUGGUCGCCCCCUUUGACAUCCCCGCGCGCCCCGCCAACGUCGGCAUCAAGGCGAUUGAGAUGUACUUCCCCAAGAGGUGUAUCUCCGAGGACGACCUCGAGGAGUUUGACGGUGUCAGCAAGGGCAAGUACACCAUCGGGCUCGGCCAGAAGUUUAUGGCCUUCACCGACGACACCGAGGACAUCAACUCGGUCGCCCUCUCGGUCGUCUCGUCCCUCCUCGACAAGUACAACAUUGACCCCAAGUCGAUUGGCCGCCUCGACGUUGGCACCGAGACCUUGAUUGACAAGUCCAAGUCGACCAAGACUGUCCUCAUGGACCUGUUCGCCAAGCACGGCAACCACGACAUUGAGGGCAUCGACUCGAAGAACGCGUGCUACGGCUCGACGGCCGCCCUGUUCAACUGCGUCAACUGGAUCCAGUCCGAGUCGUGGGACGGCCGCGACGCCAUCGUCAUGUGCGGCGACAUUGCCAUCUACAAGGAGGGCUCGGCCCGCCCCGUCGGCGGCAUGGGUGCCUGCGCUCUCCUCAUUGGCCCCAACGCCCCUCUUGUCGUUGAGCCCGUCCACGGCACGUACAUUGCCAACACGUACGACUUUUACAAGCCCGACCUUUCGGCUGAAUACCCCACCGUCGACGGCCCCUGGACCAUUGCCGCCUACCUCGGCGCCCUCGACAACGCCUACAACACGUACCUCGACAAGGCUGCCGCCUCGCGCGCCCGCGCCGCCAAGAAGGGCCUGACCAACGGUGUCGCCAACGGCGUUGACGCCGAGGACCUCACCCAGUUCGACUACGUCUGCCUCCACUCGCCCUACGGCAAGCUCGUCCAGAAGGGCCACGCCCGUCUCUUCUACAACGACUACCUCCGCAACCCCACCGACGCCAAGUUUGCCAACAUCCCCGAGAACAUCAAGGACCUCGACAAGACCAAGACGUACACCGACAAGGCCGUCGAGAAGACCUUCAUCGCCCACGCCGACGCCCACUACAAGUCGGCCGUCGUCCCCGGCUCGGACUGCGUCAAGCGCUGCGGUAACAUGUACACUGCUUCGCUGUACGGUGCUUUUGCCGCCCUUGUCGCCAACACCCCCUCGGACGUUCUUGCCGGCAAGCGUGUCGGCCUCUACGCGUUCGGCUCGGGCUGCGCCGCGUCGUUCUACGCCAUCCGCGCCGUCGGCUCGACCGAGGAGAUCCGCGAGAAGCUCAACCUCCAGAAGCGUCUUGCUGCUAUGGACGUUGUCCACCCCACCGUCUACGUCGACGCCCUCAAGACGCGCGAGGACAACCACAACGCCGUCAAGUACACCCCCCAGGGCUCGAUCGACAACAUCUGGCCCGGCGCCUACUACCUCGUCGGUGUUGACGACCUCUACCGCCGCACCUACGCCCAGAAGCCCUUGGCUUAAGGGUCGAGGUGUGCGCAUUGUAUUACUUUAGACGGCAUCUACAUUGUCAAUCGAUACCCUAGGAGCAGCAUUAUGCAUGGAUGAUGCGAUG